CACAUGGACUUUGGGAUCAUUCUUUCCUGGCUUGCUAUAUAAGCUGCAGAACUUCACCAGCUGAACACAAGCACUGCCAAGUGGAUUUGCAGAUACACUUGCAAACUCAGGUCUAAGAGCCAUGAAGGUCCUCGCUGUGCUCGUCCUUGCUGUUUUCAGCAGCUGUCAAGCCAACAUCUUCUAUGCUGAUGCACCCAAGCCACAGAUAGAAGUGCUGACUGAUGCUUUCUGGGACUACGUUGCCAAGGCCACCCAGACAGCUGAUGACACCUUGCAGAUGAUCAGGAAGUCUCAGUUUGGACAGGAUGUCAGUGCCCGUCUGACCGAAAGUGCCGACAUGGCCAACACGUACGCAGUGAGCAUCCAGGAGCAGCUUCCCCCUGUGGCCCAGGAUAUGAUCACCAAAGUCACCACAGAGGCUGAUGUGCUGAGAGAGCGUCUGACCAAGGAGCUGACUUCUGUCAAGGAGAAGCUGGAGCCCUACACCGAGGACAUGAAGGCCCAGAUCCAGCAGAGAGUGGAGCAGCUCAAACAGGAGCUGGCCCCCUACACCGGAGCCCUGGACACCGAGGCCCUGAGGAGCACCCUGCUGCAGAAGAGCGAGGAGCUGAAGACCAACCUGGAGCAGAGUGUGCAGGACCUGCAGGCUCAGCUGGGGCCCUACACUGACGACCUGAAGCAGAAAGUGGACCAGCACCUGCAGGACUUCAAGGAGCGCGUGGCCCCCAUGACCGAGAAGGUCCAGAGUGAGCUGACCGAGAGAACCCAACAGGUGAAAGAAAUGGCUUCCCCCUACGUUGAUGAGCUGAGGGGAACACUGGACCCCUACGCCCAGGACCUCCAGGCCCGUCUCACCUCCCUCUACGAGUCAUUUGUCAAAACCAACUAAGUCCGUCCCCACCUCAUGUUUAACAAAAAGAAACUGCAUCUACGUAAUGAUUCCAUGUUGUUAACAAUAUAACACCACAAGCUCGCCAUUUUUUUUUUUAAUUUGAAGAGUUCUAUAGAUAUUUUUACAGUAUUACAAAAAGAUAAAUUAUAGAUAUGGAAUGUUGGUCUGCAACCACACAGUGUUCUGUCCCCACAUUAUGGAAAUAAAGUGAAAGCUAAACAUAAA